AUGGCACAAAGCCCUGCUAGUAGAGGGUUCAGACUAGAUCUAAGCAAAAAUUCUACGUGACAACGGGGAGAUGGAAUGAGGGCUGUGGCUCCUGCAACUCCCAUUUCUAUGGCCUGGAGGCACUUGGAGAGGGGAGGCAGUGGGUGACACCGAAGAAGGUGGGAAGAGAAGGGGAGCACCAGGUUGCAGCCCAAUCACAAGCUGACAGAGCUCAGCCAAUGCCAGGUGGCAGGGGGAAUGGUGUCAGGACAGCAAGUGGGGACCAUUGUCCCCUCCACACCCCUCAUGGGGUACCUCUGCACCGGGUCUCAGUCUCCAGGAUCCAGGGACAGUGACAAACAGGCAUGGGGCCAGUGCCCAUCUUGAGAGAAUGGAGAGCCAAGGCACGAUGCUGGGCUGUUGAAAUGGAGUUUGUGUCCCCCAUGGGAAAGAUGGUCAUGUCGUGGCAAACCUGCACAGUUCGUUUUCAGGGGUGGCAGCGCAGGUGGGAUAGAGAUUUCUGUGCCAUGCAGGGUCGAUAGCUCCAGAGGCAAAUGGCAGCUAGAGAUGUUCCCAUCACUGACAGUGAACAUGGCCCACAGCAAGGCUGGACCCCAACCCUCACCAGCAGUGGUAUAGAGGAGCUAGCCACCUGCACCUUCUAGGUAUUGGGGUGUCACCAUGUCCAUAGGGAACCCUAUGUACAGCAAGUGGGACAGCCUUACAUCCACAUUCCCCCCAGGGCCAGGGUGCCAGAGCCCAGCCCCGCCUUGGAAGGAACCUUGGGGCCCUCCCCGAAACCUCAGUGCUUGUCCUAUUGGGUGCUAGGCACAUAAUGGCACAGCGGGAGCUUCCUGGGUAGAGCUGCCUUGGCGAGAAGUUUGCGACCCUGGCUGCUUCACUCCUUUCCUCCUCCUGCAGUAACUGCAAACUUAGGGUCUCACCACUUUCACCAUGCAGCACCCUCUCUUCCUCCUCCUCCUCCUCCUCCUGCAUGGCACAUGGGCAGAUCCAGAAGGGUCCUUCACUGUCCGGCUGCUCCAGAUUUCCACUUUCCAAAACACCUCCUUUGUGGACACAGAGGGAUUUGGCCUGCUGGAAGACAUAGAGCUUGGGGCUCUGGACAAGCGCACCUGGAAUAUCCACUUCUAUCAGCCCUGGGUGCGCCCAGCCCUGCCCCGCAGUGACUGGGACACCAUUGAGAACAUGAUAAAAAUCUACCUGCAGAAGUUCAGCCACCUGAUCAAUGAUGGUGCUAGUGCGAGGGAUGUGCCCUACCCUUUUGUGGUCCAGUGCAUGGCAGGCUGUGAGCUAUACUCCAACAGGACCUCCCGUGCCUUUGCCUAUGUGGGCUACAAUGGCCAGGACUUCCUCAGCUAUGAUGUGGACCAUGGCAAGUGGAUCCUCUAUGAAGACACCGAUCUGUCACGGUAUGUCCAGGCCACUCUCCAGAAUUACACCGCCUUCAGUGAGCUGGUACAAGUCCUCUUCAACGAUACCUGUGUCGAUGACAUGGAGUUGUUACUGCGGUAUGGGAAGGCAGCUCUGGCAAGACAAGAGCCACCCGCGGCCACCGUCUUCGCUCGUGCACCUAGUCCAGCCCAGCUCCUGUUGGUUUGCCAUGUCACUGGCUUCUACCCGCGGCCCAUCAGUGUGGCCUGGCUGCGGGAUGGCCAGGAGGUGCUGCCAGGCCCAGCGCUCACCACUGGUGCCAUCUUGCCCAACUCUGACCUCACCUACCAGCUCCGCAUCGUGCUGGCCGUGAGCCCUGGCGAUGGGCAUAGCUACACCUGCCGUAUACGCCACCGCAGCUUGGGUACUCGCAGUCUCCUUAUCCCCUGGGGAAACUCGAAGGCUGUGCUGAUCUCGGGGCUUGUGGCUGCUCUUUCGGCAGGUGUGACUGUGGCUGCCAUCGUGGUGCUUUGGGUCUGGAGACGUAGAAAAUACCAGAAGAUGGAGCAAUCAGAGCCCACGAGCUCCAUCGUGAGUAAUGAAGCUUAGCCCAGGAGACAGCAAACAAUUGCCUUUUGAUUCCACCACCCUCAUGAAGAUAAAAUCUCUACCUUGUUCUGCUGCAGCAAACCUCUGGGCACUGCCAGAAGUGAGAUUGACUUGACUUGGAGCUCCAGUGGGAAAACCUGGGCAGGUCCUGACCUGUUUCAGUUUACUAAAUAGACAGGCAUACAGGUCUAAGAUCUUAUAUAUAAGGUCUUAUAUAUAAAGAUAUAUAUAUAAAGAUCCCUUACCUCAUGGAUCUGCCUGUGCACCUGCUGAAGCUUUUUAAGGUACACCAAUCCCCAGUGGCAAUUACUACUAGUUCUGGUAUAACAAUAUGUUUAGGCAGUAAGUUGUGUCCUUCUGUUGUCACUUUCUAUUACCUUUUUUUUUUUUUUUUUUUCUCCCCAAAACUGCCUUUAUUAACAAUAUUCCAGAAAUAUUUAUGCUGAACCUGAAUUAUGGCAUGCAGACUAACACCACUUGGCCACAAACCAUGUUUGAAAGCAUUGAGUAACACUGAAACUGAUGUAAUUUGUGGGAGUAGCAGAUGUGUAUAAAAUGAAAUUAAACAUUGAUAUUUUCAUCAAGAACA